CCUUUAUACACUUUACAAUCUCGAAAACACUGUCUAUAUGGACGAUAAAGAUCAUAAAGAUCUUGGACUGUACUUAUGCGACGAAAGUGAAUAGUUUGCCCUAGAAUUGACACGAUUCUGUCAUCGUUGUUAGUUUAGUGAAAACGAAGGCAUCAUUCGGAGGAAAAUGUCAAAGAUUGAGGAGGCGACCGAGCACAUACGGCAAGCUGAGAAAGCCCUGAAGACAACUUUACUCAAGUGGCGACCUGAUUUCGAAGUAGCAGCUGAUGAAUAUUCAAAUGCGGCUACAUGUUUCCGAGUAGCCAAGUCAUAUAAAGAGUGCAAAGAAUGUUGGGUAAAAGCAGGUGAUUGUUACAAACAGACCAGAUCAUGGUUCCAUGCUGCAAAGAGCAUCGAGCAAGCUCUGCUUAUUAGCAAGGAAAUGGGGGAUCUCUCGAGUGUGUCAAAAUUGGCUCACAGUGCCUGUAGCCUAUUUCAACAACAUGGUUCUCCUGAAUCAGGUGUAACUACUCUUGAUAAGGCAGCAAAAAUGCUGGAAGCUUCUCAACCCGAGCAAGCUCUGGAACUAUUUAAACGCGCAGCUGACAUUGUCAUGGGUGAGGACAGUCCACGUCAUGCAGCUGAGUAUAUGAGCAAGGCUGCGAGAUUGCUGGUGAAGUUACAGAGAUAUGACGAAGCUGCGGACGCUAUACGUCGAGAAAUCGGGAUGCACCAGCAAAUCAAACACUGGCAAUCUAUAGGCAGACUAACCGUGGCGUUGGUGCUGGUACAAUUGGCGCGGGAUGAUCAAGUGGCGGCAGAAAAGGCAUUUAAGGAAUGGGGCAACUAUUGCGAAGCUCCUGAGGUGCAAACAUUGGAGACAUUACUACAGGCAUAUGAUAACGAGGACGCAGAUUCGGCUAGGGCGGCAUUAAAUAAUCCUUUCAUAAAACACAUGGAUGUGGAAUAUGCCAAGUUGGCGCGAGGCUUGUCGCUGCCUCAACAACAAUAUUCUGUCGCGCCUGCUGGAGUAAGGCCGAACGCUGCAGAAUCAUAUGUUUCACCUAAUACGUCAAAAGAACAAUCUAUAGUUGAGGCGGAAGUCAAUCAUACAACUAAUCAAUCGACGGAAAAGAAGGCAGAGCCUGGAAUUUCUGCGCCACCAGUGCAAAAAAGGGAUGAGGAAGAAGAUGAAUAUGAGGGUGGGCUAUGUUGAUUUAUAUAUAUGUAUAUAUACACACAUAUAUAUAUAUAUAUACACACAUAUAUUAUAGUAAAGUCCUCUAAUUGGCAUGCUUGCAAAAUGUACCUGUAAUAUGUGCAUGUGUAUUGACACUUAUGUAUAUUGUACGUUUUUCGUCGAAAGCACACUGUUGGCUUUGAAAAAUAGCCCAUGUUGUUGACUUCUAAGAUUCUAACAAUUGUUUCUCUAAUAUUGUAUGUGCUUUUGAUAAUUUGACUGUCUUUUGCAGUUUAAUCUACUCAUUAGCAGAUACUAUAACUUUUAAUUAAUAAUUAAUUAAUGUUUUCCAUGUUUGAACAUCAUAAAUGAUAAGAUAAAAGUGAAUAUAAAGAUAAAUGGAUACACUUAGUUUUUCAGCACUACUCUAGCGAUCGUUAUACUGAAAUCUGUUAUGAUUGCAAGAGUUUACGAGUUAAUAAAAACGUACAAUUCUAAAUCUC